CUGAAAGUGAAAGUGAAAGUAAAACAUCGCCAGCUUUGAGCUAACCGUGGACUUUCUGUAAGGGGUGGAAACUCAGGGAUCAGAUUCGACCUCCUGCAUCCGACCGUCCACCAGAGGAAGAUGAACGAAGUGGCAGCAUGUGGAUGUUUCAUUCUUCUGUUCGACGUGGUGCUGGGUUCGGCCCAGUGGGCCCUACUGGUGCUGCUGGGCUGCUCCAGUUGUGGCGGACUGGAAGGCGUGUGGGCCUUUGGGGCAGCGAAGUGGGCCAUUCUCCAUCUGUUCACCUCCAAGCUGACGGACGGAAAGCCCCCGGCUGUGCUCUGCAGGUUGGUAGCGCUCCUCGGCCUCCUCUCUCCUGCGUUUGAAAGUGGACGCUUCCUCACGGCGCCCCCCUCAGAGCCUUACACGGGACCCAAUCCCGACCUCAACGUUCUGCUCCUGGGCCCGAUGUCCUCGUCACUGGCCUGUGUGGUUUGGGAAAAGGGCCUCAGCGGUCAAAGAAAGACGAGGAAGGUCGACCCUAAGCUGGAUGCGAAGCGGUUGCUCGUGAGGAUGCUGAAAUACUUCAAACCAGACACAUUUUACCUUAUCGCAGCUUUCAGCUUCCUCAUCUUAGGCGUCGUCUGUGAUACGUUUAUUCCACUGUACCAGGGGAAGGUUAUUGAUAUGCUAAGAGGUCAAGUGCUUCAAUCCGGCUUCUUUUAUGCGAUCGGACAGCUGACACUUGUCUCUCUCGGAAGCGCUCUGUUCUCUGGCUUACGAGGAGGCAUAUUUAUGUGCACCCUGGCCAGACUGAACAAGAGACUGAAGCAUCUGCUGUUUCACACCCUCCUGCAACAGGAAGUGCACUUCUUUGAACAGAACAGCUCUGGAAGUCUUUCCUCGCGCCUGCACUCUGACGUGGACAGGAUGGGCCGCACGGUGGCGCUGAACGCCAACGCGAUGGUUCGCAGCACGGUCAAAACCGGCCUCAUGCUCGUGGUGAUGUUAAAACUGUCCUGGGAGCUCACCCUGCUCACCUGCAUAGAAAUGCCUCUUUUGGCCAUCUUGCAGAACAAAUACAUCACUGUGUCCAAGGAGCUGAAAGAUCAGAUCCAGGACUGUCAGGCUAAGAACAAAGACCUGGCCUCCCAGACGAUCAGCGGGAUUCGUACGGUCCGCAGCUUCAAAGCAGAGACGGAUGAACUGAAGAGGUAUAACGAGGCUCUGGAGCAGAUGUGCGCUAUUAAGAGACGUUCAGGAAUCUACAGUGCAGUCUUCGGCUUAACACGGAGGCUGGUGAGUCUGGGGAUUAAGGUAUUAAUGCUGGUGCAGGCCCGCAGUCUCAUCUCGUCAGAUCAACUCAGCAUCGGUAGUCUCGUGACCUUUAUAUUGUACCAGAAGCCCAUGUCCAACAAUUUAAGGGAGAUUUUGUAUUGCGUUGGAGAGACGAUGUCCACAGUCGGAGUCAUCGCCAAGGUGUUCGGUUAUCUCGACCGAACGCCGCAGUGUAAGAAGGACGGCGAGUUGGCUCCGGAGAAGCUGCGGGGAAGAAUAGUUUUCCAAAAUGUCAGCUUCACAUAUCCCUCAUCUCCUCCAGAUAAACCAGCACUGAAGUCGGUUUCUUUGGAGCUUCAGCCGGGGAAGAUGACCGCACUGGUGGGUCCGUCGGGAGGGGGGAAGACUUCCUGUGUCAGCCUCCUGAAGAGACUCUACGAACCCCAACAGGGAGAGAUCCUGCUGGACGGAGAGCCGCUGCACCAUUACCAACACAAAUACUUCCAUCAAAAGGUGGCCUUGGUAUCCCAGAAUCCUGUGCUGUUCUCUGGUUCACUGAGAUACAACAUUGAAUACGGCCUGAAGGACUGCACCAUUGAGACGGUGAAGGAAGCCGCAGAGAAGGUCAACGCAGACGAUUUAAUCUCUGAACUGGAGAGCGAAUAUGACACAGAUGUAGGCGAAUGUGGUGGCCAGCUCUCAGCUGGACAGAAGCAGCGCAUCGCCAUCAUCAGAGCUCUGGUUCGAGAUCCGCAGGUCAUCAUACUGGACGAGGCUACCAGCAAACUGGAUGUCGAAGUGCAGCAUGCUGUGCUGCAGGAGGUUCUGUCUUGUGGUCGGACGGUCCUGGUGGUGGCUCACCAGCUGAAGACUGUGGAGAAGGCGGAUCACAUUAUCUUCCUGGAGAAGGCCGAAGUCGUGGAGGAAGGGACGCACCAAGAACUCAUGGCCAAGAGAGGACGCUACUAUCGUUUGAAAGAGGAGCUGUUCUCUUAACUCAGCUGAGAAACGCUCAGUGAAUGUAGUUGUGGACACAAAGCAUCCAGUGAAGGAGGAGGAACGGUGAAGAAGUAUUAUUGUUUUAUAAUCUUUAAAGAACUUCCUUUUGCUUCAGGGGUCUAACCUAAGAUAACCAUCCCUCUAGUAGAGUGGAGACACCUGAAACUCCUGAUAGUUCACGUGCCAUGAAGGAGGGAAAACAUGUACAGCAGCCUUUUAAACCAUUUCUCUUUGUGCUCUCAGCAAAGGUUUUCUUUGGUCUCUCAACCAGGAGCAGAUUCUGGUCUCUCCCAGCCUGCAGGAGUGGACGUGUAGACUUAUAUAACUUUUAUAAAUAAAGAACCAUUAUGUGCUUUUUA